GGCAUCUUCUCCGGCAGGGAGGAGUCUACGCGGUUCUACCGCUUGGCCUUACGACAGCAUACUCUCAGAGCAAUAAUUUUUGCAGAGAAGGCAAAGCGCAACGAUCGGAACCCGCUGCGCUUCUCUCCCAGCCAAGUGACCCAGCAGCUGUGAGGCCUCGAGGGAGCAAUAACAAUUUGGCGUCGCCCCGGAUCAACAGCGCGUAGCGCCGCGCGAGCCGUUUUAAAAGAAAACAGAAGGAUGGACCAGCUCGUCGAGGCCGCGACGGCCGAGAUCCGCCAGGGCGCCGUCGACUACGGCAAGAACCUCGAGAUCUGCGACUGCGUAGGAAGAGACCCGAGCGAAGCCUUGGCGUUGGUGGCGGCGGUCAAACGUAGACUGGGCAAGAACGACGCGCACGUGCAGUUACUAUCACUAACUCUACUAGAAAUGUGCGUCAAGAACUGCGAGAACUGCCACGGCGCCGUCGAGCAGGGGGCCCUACCGUCCGUCGCGAACCUCGCGCAGGCGCCGUCAAAUAUCGAAGUCCAGACGCGAGCUUUGGAGUUAAUUCAGCAGUGGGGCGUCGCCUUCGAGCCCCUGAAGCAGAGCUACCCGAAGUUCUGCGAGACGUACUACGCGUUAAGGGUCAAGGGUUUACCGUUCGGCGAGCCGACGGACGUGCCCGUGUUCACGCCGCCUCGAACCCAGCCAUCUUUGUCAAAUGCGUCGGAGAGCGACGCGGCCCUCGCGGCCGCGCUCGCGGACGGGUCGCUGGAACGAGCCAACGCGAUCGUGAAGGUGCGCACGGAUUUGGACGUCGUCGCGGAGCACGUGUCCCUGCUCGAGUCGAUGCUGCCGAACAGCCCUGGUAUUAAGGAGGACGAGGCCAUGUCGGAGGUUGUUGGUUUUUUGGAGGCGUGCCGGCCGCGCCUCGCGAAUUUGGUCGAGGUGGGCCUGGCGGGCGGUCUGGGCGACGCGGACACGGUGGCGCACCUGCUGGCCGUGAACGACGCCGUGCAGCAGGUGUUGGCGGACGAGGCGGCGUCGGAGAACCGGCCCACACCGCCGCCGCCGCCCGCGCAGGAGGAGACGCUCCUGGACCUGUCGGCGCCGCCUCCUGCUCCUCCUGCAGCCGAGGGAUCGUUAUUAGACUUCUCGGCGCCGCCCGCGGCCGCGCCGGCGGCGGCGGCGGAGGGCUCCUUGCUCGACCUGUCGGCGCCGCCGACGAACCCCACUGUUUAAUACUUCACACAC